AUGGCGGAAGCUGUAGGUCUGGCCUCGGGUGUGCUGACCUUUGCUUCGUUCGCUUUCAAAUCUAGCAUCGCUCUUUACACCACAGUGCAGGGUUUUCGCGCUCACCCCAAACGCGUGCGCGACCUUUUGGAGGAGCUCCAGGCCUUGAGCGAAGUACUGCGCUUGCUGACCGAAACAAUCAACGCUACCCCUGACGUGGACUUCUCCGCCCUUGAACUUCCUUUGCGACGAUGCGAUGACGCCUGCAAAGAGUUUGAACAGGAACUUCUGCGGUGUUCGUCACGGUCCGGUGGCGAUCGCACUAGCUUCCGGGACUGGACAAAGCUACAGUACAUGGGCGAUGGCGUCGACGACUUCACGCAGCUCCUCGCUGGAUAUAAGUCAACUAUCAACAUUGCCCUCGCAGAUGCACAUCUUCGCCAAUCCGCAACCACCGCUGAGAAUCUCGAAAAGUACCGAACCAUGAUCAUAACAACGACCGACGAUCUCGAGGCCCGUCUUGACAGUAUUGAUGCAAAGCUCGCGGCUGUCUUUGAGCGUACUGUCACCGAGAUCGACUCGGAUGCAAGGGAGUUGCAGCGAAUAAGGGCAGAGCGGGCGAGUACCCAAAAGUGUCUCGAUAUUUGCGCACAGCUGGCCGAUCACAUCAAUCGAAUUCAACAACGGCCAUCCCAGGGGCCUAGGACACUCAGCUCUGUGGAUGCUGCGGCGUAUCCCGAUCGAGUCACCAACGAUGGUCUACAAGCAUGCAAGGAACGUCUUGCCCAAACAAUUGCAAAUUUGGAAAAGCACAUGCAACAGUUGAUGGACCGACUAAUCGAAAAGUCCGCGGCGAAGAUGAACUCAGAGCAUGAAGUGGCACAGCUUGCCACGUUGCGAGAAGAGUGGGACACCGCCCGUCAGUGUCUCAGUAUUUGCUCAAGUGCGGAGAAUCAUGUAAAGGAAAACAUCAGCAUCAUCGACAACUAUGCGACUGGAGAUGACACCGUGCAGUUUUUGGUGUCAACCAAUGGGAAGACGAUCCAUGGCAAGAAUAGGGGUUAUGGCUCGAUGAUGAGACAGGUGGGUGGCCACCUCAGCGACGCCUCACUCCAGCAGAUGUCGCGGGAUAUCUCAAGGAUCAGCCUCCAGGGGACCAGAAAAGAGGGCGCACCUUCGCAAGAUGGUGCGUUCUCUACUGCCGACGACCUGGUGAUACAAGAUGUCUCCAACGGAGAUUUUAAGGAGCGCUACGGGCGAGGUCUGAAGCUGUCAGAGACUUCAGACAAUGGAGAAACCCACAUGACGGACGUGGAUGGGAAAUUGGGCAACGUUGGGAUGCACCUAAAGCAUUAA